CGCUGCCUCCUUUUAUAGCGGGGCUAAAUUUAGGCUGCGCCUGGCUUGUUCCCUCCCGCCCCGUCCGGGACGCGUUUCCUCCGCUCCCUGCAAUUGGCUUGAGGGCUCUGGCGGCCCGGACUAUAAGGCAGGGAGGGCCCGGGAGCCGCCAGCUCGCAGCCCCUUCAGCCAUCACCCCCGGAGCAGCCGAGCCGGGACGCACUAUGGCGCUGAGCGACACGACCCUGCCCUCGUUCGCCACCUUCGCCAGCCCCUGCAGGGAGAAAACUUUCCACGAAAGAUGGAAAUGUGACCAGGAGGACAAGGCCCCUGCCAACAGCUGCACCAUGCCAGAACUGAGGCCAGGACUGGCCAGCCUCUCCCCUCGCAAAGAGGAUGAAGAUCUCAACAACGUUUUGGAUUUUAUCCUUUCCAUGGGCAAUGACAACUUCAGCCAGAACUCACCUAGUGGGGACUAUCCCUCAGCACAGACAGAGCCUAGCAGCUUUUACCAGACAAAUCCAUCUUCUGGAUGCUACAGUUCCCUGGGACAGAGCAAUCCACCUCCUUAUAACUCCAGCCUCAUGUCAGAGAUGAUCAGAUCUGAAAUGGACUCAAACUUCUGCCUCCCCAGUCAUGUCCAGGGACGAUUCUUUGUGACAUCCAGCUUUGGGAGCCCACACUUUGUGGACAACAUUAAGCCAGAACCUGACAUGGACAGUUAUGGGCCUGUCAUGGGCCUUGUUCCUCAGACAUGCCCUAAGAUCAAGCAAGAAGGCAAUGCAACCUGCAUGAUGGCCUACGAGCAGCCCAGGAUGGCCAGCUCACCCCAGAUCCCUGGCACAGAGACACCCCCUCUGAGCCCUGAUGACCUCAUGGUGACUGACUGCCAAACACAGAUGAUCUGCCCCUCGUCAAUGUCAUUCCAACAAAGCUAUCACCCUGCCACAGGCUUCCACCAUCACCAGACCCACUUCCAGUACCAGAGUGCCUCUCAGUUUGGCUUGUUUGAGGACAGCCUGCCCUUGCAACCCUCAGCUCCAAGAGGCAUACUAACUCCUCCUUCCUCUCCCUUGGAGCUGAUGGAUUCCAAGCCCAAAAGAGGGCGACGAUCCUGGCCCAGGAAGAGGACAGCCACACACACAUGCACCUAUGCAGGCUGUGGGAAAACCUAUACCAAGAGUUCCCACUUGAAGGCCCACCUUAGAACACACACAGGUGAGAAACCUUAUCACUGUAACUGGGAAGGCUGCGGCUGGAAGUUUGCUCGCUCUGAUGAACUGACUCGUCACUAUCGCAAGCACACUGGCCACCGGCCCUUCCAGUGCCACCUCUGUGACAGGGCUUUCUCUAGGUCAGACCACCUGGCUCUGCACAUGAAAAGGCACAUGUAGCUAUAGAGACUCUGUACUGCACAUCAGACAUUAUUUAACUGCUCAGGUGCAGAGUCGUUCAAAAAUCUGUAGCUGGUACUACUUAGAGAGGCAACAAAGCUCUAGCCAUGGAUGGGAAGGAAGAAUUUGACUCAAGGAGGUUUAGCCUGUCAUCUCCUGAAGAGAAUUUAAAGGGACUGUAUCAGUGUGACUGUCCACUUCACUCAAGAGAGUAUGGUUUAUUUAUAGAGCUUUUGUGAAGGGUAAACUCAACAAGACUCCAUGCAGAUUGUAUAGAAGAAGCUGUAAAUACUGUACCUCUGAUUGUAAUUGCCCAAUACAUAAGCUUUAUAAGACAAUGUUUGUAUGGAAACUGCCUGAAGUCAACCCUAGAUGGGAUUAAAUGAAUGUUACUGUCGAUGAUAUAUUAGAUUUCAGUUGAAGGCAUGGCUAAGAGAAACACUCUGAUUGUUAGACUAUUUGUUUCAUUGGUGCAAUAAUAUUCUUGUCUGCCAUGAUCUACACUAGAAGUACAGGGCUUGAUGUCUUGUAAAAAAAAAUAACCUAUUUUACUGAUUGAUUUUUUUAUAUAUUGUAAAUAAUUUUAUACAUUGAGAAAUGUUGUAAUGUAUUAUGUAAAUAAGACAAAUGGGCAUUUUGCCUAUUUCUGUUUUUAUUAAAAAGUAGCAAUUUUUCAGUGUUGAAAACAUUCUCUCUUUUUAAUAAAAUAAGUGUUUAAGAGA